CGAUACGUAUAUAUACGUUAUCAAUUGGCUUUGUCAUUUUUACAAGGCCAAGCAGCAUGUCUUGUGAGGAUGUACAUGGAAAGGUGUGUGUACGAUGGCCCAGGUGAUGGUUGUGAGUAAGACAACUUUUUAACGUGGAAUGUGAAUUUUGGUUUUCGUGGCCAUUUAUCAUGUGGGAACUAAUUCGAUCAGCAUUUUGUAGAGAACGCCACAAAACAAGUGAAACUAAAACAGACGGCGAGAAAGACAGCCGCGGAGACCAAAGGGAAGGGGAGUCAGCCGCCGAAACUGACGAACCUCCGCCUCUCCCUCCUCGACGACCGAGUAAGGAGGGGCAAAGAUGUAUUCAGCAAUCGUACCAAAGUCCCCUGCAGACGAACCACAGGCAUGCCUCCAGGGAUCAAUCUCGCCCGUCCCACGGGGAACGACUUGGUCACAGCUGGCCGCGGCGUGACAACGGACUAGCUGGCUACAAGUCUCGGUAUUCGUCAGAGACAGAUAUAAUGUCUGCCCGAUCGCAAGCCAAGAAAAAGAGACACAAUUUCCUUACAAAGAAGCAUGACCAGUGCGUCGUUUUGUCGCGAUCUUCCAGUGCUUCAUCCUUGUCUAAUUGUUCCCCUGAUGAGCAUGCGUCAACUACCGGAACUGAUAUGACUCCUAGUCCCGACAUAAACAUGAACCAUUUCAUCAAUCGGCAAUUCGAACUGAAUGGGAAUUACGUGAAAAAGUCGAAAAGUUGUGAAUCAAAACAGCAACAUGUGGAGUACGUACGUCAACGAAGUAACGAGGAGGCAGGGCGUGGUCUGCUGGAGGUUCCGUUCCUCAGACACUCUCACAGUGACGCGUCUCUUCAGUCUCUUCGCUCCUGUCCUGAGAUAGGUGUGGGAGCGAGUCGUGAGUUCGACGUAAAUGGUGACAUACAUAGCCCUUGUUACGGUAGGGACUACAAUGCUAUCAUCAAACACAUGCAAAAGUCACCGUUCAGGAGAAAGGAUAUGCCUACAUCUAAACCCUUUUCUAGUUUUGACGUAAACGAGGUUGAGUCGGUGGUACGCCGUGAGCGGGCUUCCAAACGGAUGCCCCAGCGGCCUCAUUCGAUUGGAUACUUCGACAACAAGAGGUAUAGUAAAGUGACUAAUGUCCGGAGACAACUGGCUGUGUGUGGCCGGAACUCUGAUUCUUACCAGUCUCAUUCCUCCCCAGCAUCCCCCUCCCAGAAGCGCAUGCCCCUGGUAUUACCGGACGAUCCCGGAUCCGUGUCCGACCUGGAGUACAUCAUGGAAAGCCCGCACGAGAUGCGUUCCUUUGACGUGUCGAGAGAGAACAGUUUAGUGUCCGAAGAGGAGGUUGCUAAAUUUUGUGGAGAUUUACAAAGAUUGACGACAAACAACGAAAACGAAAAUGGUUAUGUGAAAGUUUUAGCCUCACCGCGAGUGUCGCCGGAUAUAUUCCACUCUGUGCCCGGGGUAGUGGUUACCUCCGACUCGGACGAAACCUCUG